UUCGCCGUCAGCAAUGGAUAAGAAAUCGUUCUUGAUAAGCUGGUGCCAGAAGAAUAGUUGCGAACCGAAGUAUGAGGUGCGUCCGACCGGGCCGAAGUUUCGGCAACGUUUCCUGUGCGAGGUACGGAUAGCCGGCAUUGAUUACAUCGGUGUCGGUAACUCGACCAACAAGAAGGAUUCGGAGAAGAAUGCAUCGCUAGACUUUGUCAACUAUUUGGUCCGCAUCGGACGUAUAGCGGAAGAGGCGGUUCCGCAGGACAUUUCACCGGCGCCGGUAGUGACCGAUCGAACGGACGGGUCGACUGGUCAAGCGGGACCAUCGGGGAUGAGAAUGGGACAGUCGUCCGGUCCGUCGAACAUAUUUAUGAAAGGGUUUGUGCCGCAAGAUUUAGGCCAUGCGUACCGACCAUACGUUCCAUCGAAGGAAGAUAUAAAGCGAGAACAGGACAACAUGGAAUCGGCCGAAUCGCUCGAUGUGAACGCGUCGAUUCACGGUAACUGGACGGUUGAAAAUGCAAAAUCGAAACUAAACCAAUGGAUGCAGCAGUACAAGAUAAAGGCCGAGUUUAAGUACACUUCGAUCGGACCGGAUCAUGCCAAGAGUUUCAUAGCGGAAAUGACCGUUUACGUGAAAGAAUUGAAUCGCACAAUUACGGGCCGUGAGUCCGGUUCGAACAAACAUUCGGCCAGCAAAUCGUGCGCUCUCUCGCUCAUCAGGCAGCUGUACCACUUGGGUGUGAUUGAGGCGUUUACCGGUUCGGUAAAGAGUGCAACCACAUCGGAGCAGAUAACGGCUUAUCCGGUGAAAAUUUCCCACCACCUGGCGAAACGCGUACACGAAUCGCUGAUGGAGCUUGGCAUUCAACCGGUCAAGGUAAAUACGUCCCAAACCGGUGCGCAUGAAUCGGUCAGCCUGAUGCACGCCUCGGACGAUGUACACUUUAAACCGCAAUCGACGAACCUGCAGCAGCCGGCAUCGGUUAUCUCCUGGUCACCACCGCAACCGAACUGGAACCCAUGGUUGGGCUGUAAUAUCGAUGAAGGCUAUCUGGCAACGGCCUCCCUGGAACAGUUGAGCGAAGAUUUGCUCAACGAGAGCCGUAGCCGGCUGCGGGACACACCGGAACUGCAGAUGAGCGUAAGGACGCGCGAGAAGCUUCCCAUUUCGUCGAUGCGCCGGCCGAUCAUGGAAGCGAUCAACGAGCAUCCGGUCGUGCUGAUCCGUGGCAAUACGGGCUGUGGUAAAACGACCCAGAUUGCACAGUUUAUACUGGAGGACUACAUCAACUCGGGCCAGGGAGCGUACUGUAACGUGUGCGUGACGCAGCCACGGCGCAUCAGUGCGAUCAGCGUGUCCGAACGGAUAGCGGCCGAGCGGUGUGAAAAUUUGGGCGUUGCCGUUGGCUAUUCGGUACGGUUCGAUUCGCAACUGCCGCGCCCGUACGGUUCCAUACUGUUUUGCACGAUCGGCGUGCUGUUGCGUAAGCUGGAAGGCGGUCUGCGGGGCGUUUCGCACGUGAUUGUGGACGAAAUACACGAGCGUGAUGUGAACAGCGACUUUAUACUGGUUGUACUGCGCGACAUGGUGCACACGUAUCCGGAUCUGCGCAUUAUUCUGAUGUCGGCCACCAUCGAUACGACACUGUUUUCGAGGUAUUUUGGCGACUGUCCGGUGCUGGAGGUGACCGGUAGAGCAUUUCCAGUAGAGCAACUAUUUCUGGAGGAUUGUAUUGAAAUGCUCAACUUUGUACCGAGUCCACCGGAGGGUGGUUCUACGGCCCGGCGAAAGCGCGGCAAGGACGGUGACGUUGGGGACGGUGGUGGCGAAGGUGGAGCAGAGUACAAUCCGGAUAUGCCGGAAAGUGGCAAUCUGAAUGAGGUGAUUGAUGAAACCAAAUAUUCGCCGCGAACAAAGCAGGCGAUGAGCAUGCUGCUUGAGGCGGAUACACCGUUCGAGCUGAUUAAUGCGCUGGUAGACUAUGUGGAUCGGCAGGGACGGCCGGGUGCGGUGCUGGUGUUUCUCGCUGGAUGGAACAUGAUUUUUACCCUCAUGCGACAGUUACAGACCAGACCGAAUUUGGUCGUUUUGCCGUUACACUCCCAGCUGCCAAGGGAGGAUCAACGGAAGGUGUUCAAACACUAUGGGCAACGGCGCAAGGUGAUACUGGCGACCAACAUUGCGGAAACGUCGAUCACGAUCGAUGAUAUUGUGUACGUGAUCGACACGUGUAAGGCGCGCAUGAAGCUGUUUACAUCGCACAACAAUAUGACGAAUUAUGCGACGGUAUGGGCCGCCCGGACAAACCUGGAACAGCGCAAAGGACGUGCUGGUCGUGUCAGUCCCGGCACGUGCUUCACCCUCUGCUCACGGGCCCGUUUCGCAAAGCUGGAAGAAAACCUUACGCCCGAAAUGUUCCGCACACCAUUGCACGAGCUUGCCCUGAGCAUCAAGCUGCUACGACUAGGUGCAAUCGGGAAAUUCCUGUCAAAAGCGAUCGAACCACCACCGCUCGAUGCCGUCAUUGAAGCGGAAGUGUUGCUGAAGGAGAUGCGAUGUUUAGAUGAGGCGGAACGGCUUACACCGUUCGGUAGAAUUCUUGCCCGCUUACCGAUUGAACCACGGCUUGGAAAAAUGAUGGUGCUCAGCACGCUGUUUGGGCUGUGCGAUACGGUCACGACGAUGGCUGCUUACUCUGGAACGUUUUCGGAAGUUUUCCUGCUAGAGCUGGGUCAGCGUCGGCUGAUGAACCACCAGAAAGCACUCAGUGGCCAAACGUGUUCGGACUAUGUUGCCAUGCAAACCGCGUUUGAGAUGUGGAGCAAAAAGCGCUCCAUGGGCGAAGAAGCAGAAAUUCGCUUCUGCGAAUGGAAGGGUCUUCAAAUGCCAACUUUACGUACGAUCGCCGAAGCAAAGAAGCAGCUAAUCGAGAAUCUGGCACUGGCGGGCUUUCCCCAGGCCUCGAUGAUGCCGAUGCGCUUCGAUCCGGAAUGUCCCGAUCCGGAUCUGGAGAUGGCGAUGGCACUGCUGUGCGUUGGCCUUUAUCCGAAUGUGUGCUACCAUAAGGAGAAGCGCCGUGUCCUGACAACGGAAUCGAAAGCGGCCCUCAUCCACAAAACGUCGGUCAACUGCAGCAACACACCAACCACCUUUCCGUAUCCAUUUUUUGUGUUUGGCGAAAAGAUUCGCACACGGGCCAUCUCGUGCAAGCAAAUGUCCAUGGUAACGCCGAUCCAUCUGUUGCUGUUUGGCUGUAAGAAGGUGGAAUGGUGUAAUGGGUCGGUGAGGGUUGAUAAUUGGCUUAAUCUGAGCAUGGAUCCGUACGAUGCGGCUAUGAUAUUAGCACUGAGACCUUGUCUGCAGGAUUUGCUGGUGCAAAUAUCGGAAAAUCCGGACAGUGUGAGCUCGCUUGCCCCGAAGCACGUAACGUUGCUGAGGGUGGUAAAGGAGCUGUGUGCAUUCAGUGCGGGUGAUUACGAAAUUGAGCGUCCGAUGAGGGGUUCAUUCGGGCAGGGUAUACGUUCGCUUCAGCCGAAGAUUCCCCGGUACGAUGAGGCUCGGGAUAAUGUAAGCGGAUUUGUAAGAGUUGGUGGCAAUGAUGGAGCGGGAAGCGGCAACAUGCAGCAUUAUCCAGGUGGCAACGGUGGUGGAAAUUUCCGUAACGAGGGCAACCGUUACGGAGCAGCGGGUCGUGGCAACAAUAAUGGAUAUGAUGGUAAUCGAUCGAACUAUCGGUACUUCAAUUCGAUGGGAAAUUCAAACUCCGACAGUCGUUACGCGGGUGGAGAUCACAGUGCUGCUGGAGCUUAUGGUAGAAGUUACCAAGGUCCGCAAGGUCCGCAAGGUCCGCAAGGACCGCAAGGAGCUCCCCAAGGACUUCCCCAAGGACUUCCCCAAGGACCCCCCCAAGGGUAUCAAGGGUACCAACAGAGCUACCAGGGUGGUUAUCCGAGCGGAAACCGUGGCGGUUAUAAUGGAGGCGGAAGAAACUAUGGCCGUGGACGCGAUGCAUGGUAA